AGCUUAGUCGAGAAAAAAAGAACUGCGAAUCAGCGCUCGCGCACAUAUUUCGCACGAUAACGUCGUCGUCUUCUUUGGCCGCAGGCGGCGCUGCAGCUCCACCGGCCGACCGUUCGAGGCGGGCCCUCGAGCGUUCGUGGUGCACGUUCUGCAGGUUCCUCGUGUCGAACAGUCAGGCUUCUCCUCGGUGCAGGGAAAGCGACGCUCCGAAGAUGUCGUGGCAGGCCUAUGUUGACAACCAGAUCUGCGCCCAGGUUCAGUGCACGGUAGCCGCUAUCGCUGGUCUGGCGGACGGCGCCAUUUGGGCCAAGUACGAGAAGGACGCGAACGUGAAGAUUACACAGGAGGAGCUGAAGAACAUCGCUGACACGAUGCGGACUAAGCCCAGCAAUUUCAACGAGAACGGCAUCUACGUGGCCGGUAUCAAGUACGUCUGCCUGUCGGCUGAGAGCACUCUGGUGCGGGGCCGCAAGGGCAGCUCUGCCAUGAUCGCCGUGGCAACCAAGACUUGCCUGCUGGUCGCCGCUACCGUGGACGGCUUCCCCCCCGGCCAGCUCAACACGGUCGUUGAGAAGCUGGGCGACUACCUCAGGUCCAACGGCUACUAGAUGGCCAACGGCGAAGAAGGCGGCGUUCACGAAGCAGCGUCCACGAAGCAGCGUCUGUCCCGUCCCAGCGGCUAAGCCUACCCAGCCCCGACACCCGCCUUCACCCCCUAAGCCUCCCGCCGCCGACCUGUGUGCUUAUGAGAGGCCCCGGACGACGCGGGCUCUACCCCAGGGACUGCAGCGUCUCCUCCUUGGUAUUUUCUCGACUUUAUUCUUUCGUCUCAUCCGCUUCUUCUUUCUGGACUAUUCCGAUGUCCCCCGAACACUGCUUUCGAAGGGCGAGGUGGCGCGUGACAGCAAAGGAACGACGAUGCUCGUGCUUCGCGCCUUGGAACUGCCGGCCUUCUUCUUUUUCAUUUUUUUUUCUUACCCGCUGCUUCUUCUCGCGUGGCACUUCUUUCCUUCUUUUUUGCUCACUUUCUGCUCUUUUGUUUUUAUCAUAACUACGAAAAUCGCGUGUAAGUCAAGAGACUCAGCUACUGAAGAGCAUGAAAGCGCUGUGUGCCUAAAGUGUUGAAAUAAAUUUGUCCUCGUGUGUGUGUUCCAAAA